AUGCGGAUUCCCAUCGCCUUGCAGCUUGGGCUGCUGGUGCUGGUUACUUCAUUGGUGGGACUGGCUGUCAUCUCUAUUGCAACUUGGGAAAAUAACUACCGUUUUGUCACUGGGGUCAAAUCACAAGGUCUGGUUUUGACAGCAUCCCUCAAAGCAGGCCAGAUUGCUUCGGAUCUGCAGCUCAUUCAGGCAACCUGCACGACCGUUGCUACUCGCCUCUUGAUCCAGAACGCACUGAAGAGGUUCUACGGUGGAAACAACACAGACGCAAACUGGACGAAUGCUAUCACCGAUUUAGAUUCUGCGCUGGGCAGCCGGGGCUAUGCAGCCCUUUAUCAGACGAUUAUAUAUUCCCGAAAUGGUGCUGGUAAUUCAGACGGACUGGUAAAUGUCACGAGUGCGGUGGGAAGAGCGAUUUCUCUCCCGUACACCUAUGCAAACGGAUCUGCUGUGGCCCUCGGCGAUCCUGGUCUUGGAUACCCUCCUGCGCUGUAUCCCAACAUAACAUAUACCUUUUCCGAUGGCGUGGAUCCUCAAAAUGCAACGACUAACGAGACAUCCGCAAAAGCAUUCCCGAACUUCCCCUUAAACUCAAGCUCCGUUUUGUUGCUAGGGCCGCUGCAUGUCAAUGCCAGUUUCUCGUUGCUCUCGUUUACCUUGCCCAUUAUCAACAAUACAUCAAAUACGGAUAUUCUAGGAUAUGCGACAUUUAUUGCCAGUGCUUCUAGCCUUCAAUCGACACUGGAAAACCGCGAUUAUAUCGACAACACUGGCUUGGUACUUCUCGUGGGUCCUGCCGAUCAGUCGAACCUUUUCCUAGGGGGUUCACUCCCCACAGUAGGAGAGAGCAAUUACAACGACACAGCCCUAGAAGAUGAGUUGGCAACAUACGUUUUCUUGCCGUCUGUAAUACCAGGCCAAGUCGACCGACAUAGCCAAUACCGCCAGUCCAGUACUUCGUUUGCGUUAAAGAGUUACCCAGAAGUCCUCAACAUACUCGCUCAUCCAAAAUCCACGUCUAAUCAUGUGACAAGCUCUCUAGACACCAAAAACGAACAAGGAUGUGACGUCGCCAUUGGAGUUGCUCGCCCACCCACCGAUGCAGUAGAUUGGGUGGUGAUAAUGGAAGAGACACACUCGCAGGCGUUCGCCCCAGUCGCCAAACUACGGAAAAUUGUGCUGGCUUGUGUCUUUGGAACGGCAGGGUUCAUCGCGUUGGUUGUGUUUCCGCUGGCACAUUACUGUAUCACCCCGAUCAGGAAGCUGAAGUCCGCUACUGAAAAGGCGAUUCAGCCGGCACCGCAAGAUCCACACGCAAGUACGGACUCGGUCAAUAAUUCCGGGUUUGCGAAUGGUCACGGUGCCCAUCCGCAAAUCGACAGAGUCAAUGGGUUUUUCGUCACUUUGAAGAAUGCCAUAUACGGCAGAUGGCGUACGCCACAGGACCCAGACAGUGAAGACGGCCAGAGGCCGUUUAGGGUGCCACUCAAAGUCAAACAAUCCAAGCAUUUUAUAACGGAUGAAUUGACCGAGUUAACGAGCACGUUCAACGAAAUGUCUGAUGAGCUGAUGGUUCAAUACACUAGACUCGAGGAACGCGUUGUAGAGCGGACGCGCGAGCUUGAGAUUAGCAAAAGGGCAGCGGAAACGGCCAAUGAAAGCAAGACUCUCUUCAUUGCCAACAUCUCCCAUGAGUUGAAGACGCCACUGAACGGCAUUCUCGGCAUGUGUGCGGUUUGCAUGGGCGAGGAUGAUCUUUCCCGAAUCAAGAAAUCGCUCAAAGUCGUGUACAAGUCGGGCGAUCUUCUUCUUAACCUGCUGAAUGAUUUGUUGACUUUUAGCAAGAAUGAGCUUGAACAGGCCAUUCGGUUGGAUGAGAAGGAGUUUAGUUUGUCUGAUAUCAAAUCACAAAUCUUGACCAUCUUCGACAAGCAGGUCCGCGAGGGGCGUGUCAAUUUCUCUGUGGAUUUUUUUGGCGCGCCCAACGUGGCAGCAGAUACGCUCUGCCGUGAUAAUCUGUCAGAGAAACAGCCGAUUGUGCCCAUAAGCUCUCCCGCUGGACCUCCCGGAACUGGUAGAUUGAGCGAUAUGGUUCUAUGGGGCGAUCACCAUCGGAUUCUGCAGAUUCUCAUCAAUCUCGUCAGCAACAGCCUGAAAUUUACUCCCGAAGGCGGCAGAGUCGAGGUUAGGAUCCGAUGCCUUGGAGAUUACGAAAGUCCGCGAGACAACAGCGCCAAAGUGUCGUUCGAAUCCAGACAUGGCUCUGGUUUUCGAGAGCGAACCCCGUCUUUCAAGUCCAGAGAGACAGAGCUUACUACGUUUACAUCUGAUCACUCUAGAGGCCGAGAGCCGGCUGUUAAUUACAGGACAUUGGAGUUUUCAUUUGAGGUCGAAGACACCGGACCAGGUAUUCCGGCUCAUCUACAGCCGAAAGUCUUUGACCCUUUUAUGCAGGGAGAUCUUGGCUUGAACCGAAAAUACGGUGGCACGGGUCUUGGGUUGAGCAUUUCCUCCCAAUUAUCACGCCUGAUGAAGGGGACGAUCAAUCUCGAGAGCACAAUUGGCAGUGGAACUACAUUUACUGUAAAAAUUCCAUUGAAAUUUGUUAAAGAAAUGGCUCCAAGCACGCGCAGCUCCAGUCUUGCCGGGUCCAGGCCGCAGAGCUAUGUUCUACUCUCUGACGACCCCAACAGCCGACCAGCCACGGGCAACAGUCAGUCUGGGAAGUCUGCUGAAACCAAAGAUCUGCAGCCUCGACUGGUCGGUCUCAGCCACUCAUUUUUUGCAACUGCACGGCCGCGUUCACAAUCACAACCACCGUCCACAACCACCGUCUCAGGGGUGACCAAUGCUGCCGAUACCCAAUUCCAAGCUGGAAACACGACGGGGACUCCAUCCUCACCACCAUCUGAAAAGGGCUCGAGAAUUCGAGUUCUCGUCGCCGAAGACAACGUAGUCAACCAAGAAGUCGUGCUUCGCAUGCUGAAACUAGAGGAUAUAUAUGACGUGACCUUGGCCAAGGACGGGCAAGAAGCAUACGACAUAGUCAAAGCAGCCAUGACCGAGGGGGGCAACAAUUUUGAUCUGAUUUUGAUGGAUAUCCAAAUGCCCAAUGUCGACGGGAUCCAAAGCACACGGUUGAUCCGGGAGAUAGGCUAUUCGGCGCCGAUUGUGGCGCUGAGUGCGUUUGCAGAGGAGAGCAAUAUAAAGGACUGCAUGGACAGCGGGAUGAACAUGUUUCUGCCAAAGCCGAUUAGACGGCCGGCGUUGAAGCAGAUGUUGAAGCGGUUUGCUACUAUUGAAGAGGAAGAGUGA